AUGUACGGCCCCUACAUAUCUGGCCCAUGUUCGUCCCCUAGAUCUGGCCCAUGUACGGCCCCCUACAUCUGGCCCAUGUACGGCCCUUUACAUCCGGGCCAUGUUCGUCCCCCUACAUCUGGCCCAUGUACGGCCCCCUACAUUUGGCCCAAGUACGAUCCCAUACAUCUGGCCCAUGUACGGCCGCUCCAUCUGGGCCAUGUAAGGCCCCCUACAUCUGGCCUAUGUGGGUCCAUCUACAUCUGGCCCAUGUACGGCCCCCUACGUCUGGCCCCUGUUGUAUGCCCCUACAUCUGGGCCAUGUUGUAUGCCCCUACAUAUCUGGCCCAUGUUGUAUGCCCAUACAUCGGGCCCAUGUUGUAUGCCCAUACAUCUGGCCCAUGUUGUAUGCCCCCUACAUCUGGCCCAUGUUGUAUGCCCCCUACAUCUGGCCCAUGUACGGCCCCCUACAUCUGGCCCAUGUACGGCCCCCUACAUCUGGCCCAUGUUGUAUGCCCCUACAUCUGGCCCAUGUUGUAUGCCCAUACAUCGGGCCCAUGUUGUAUGCCCAUACAUCUGGCCCAUGUUGUAUGCCCCCUACAUAUGGCCCAUGUUGUAUGCCCCCUACAUCUGGCCCAUGUACGGCCCCCUACAUCUGGCCCAUGUACGGCCCCCUACAUCUGGCCCAUGUACGGCCCCUACAUCUGGCCCAUGUACGGCCCCCUACAUCUGGCCCAUGUACUGCUCCUACAUCUGGCGCAUGUUGUAUGCCCCUACAUCUGGCCCAUGUUGUAUGCCCCAUACAUCUGGCCCAUGUACGGCCCCUACAUCUGGCCCAUGUACGGCCCCCUACAUCUGGCCCAUGUACUGCUCCUACAUCUGGCCCAUGUUGUAUGCCCCUACAUCUGGCCCAUGUACGGCCCCUACAUCUGGCCCCUGUUGUAUGCCCCAUACAUCUGGCCCAUGUUGUAUGCCCAUACAUCUGGCCCCUGUUGUAUGCCCAUACAUCUGACCCAUGUUGUAUGCCCCUACAUCUGGCCCAUGUACGGCCCCUACAUCUGGCCCAUGUACGGCCCCCUACAUCUGGCCCAUGUACGGCCCCCUACAUCUGGCCCAUGUACGGCCCCUACAUCUGGCCCAUGUACGGCCCCCUACAUCUGGCCCAUGUACGGCCCCCUACAUCUGGCCCAUGUACGGCCCCCUACAUCUGGCCCAUGUUGUAUGUCCAUACAUCUGGCCCAUGUACGGCCCCCUACAUCUGGCCCAUGUACUGCUCCUACAUCUGGCCCAUGUUGUAUGCCCCUACAUCUGGCCCAUGUUGUAUGCCCCUACAUCUGGCCCAUGUUGUAUGCCCCUACAUCUGGCCCAUGUUGUACGCUCAUACAUCUGGCCCAUGUUGUACGGCCCCUACAUCUGGCCCCUGUUGUAUGCCCCAUACAUCUGGCCCAUGUUGUAUGCCCAUACAUCUGGCCCAUGUUGUAUGCCCAUACAUCUGGCCCAUGUUGUAUGCCCAUACAUCUGGCCCAUGUUGUAUGCCCAUACAUCUGGCCCAUGUUGUAUGCCCAUACAUCUGGCCCAUGUUGUAUGCUCAUACAUCUGGCCCAUGUAACGAAUCCCGCGUCCACACCAACCCUCUAA